UAUUUCCGCGACCACCACUUUCGUUAUCUUGAUUAUUUUGGCAAAUUUUAUUCUAUGACCUUGAGUUUUAGUAUGAUUUGAUGUAUAAAAUGGAGUUAGUAUCCGACAUAUUUCAUGUAGUAUCUGAUGUAUUUGUAACCAGAAAAGACGAAGUUAAACUAGUUGAAAAAGUUGUUAAGGAAAUCAGAACUCAAAUAGAUGUAAGAGAAAUGGCAGGCAGCAAUAUUGUCAGGCUUGCAGGAAUUUCGGGUGCUCUCGCAGUGUCAAUGGCAGCAUAUGGAGCUCAUGCAUUUAACAGCCCAGAAAAUGAUGAUGAAGUGAGACUGAGGAAUGUGUUUGAAUCUGGCAACAAGAUGCACUUGUUCCACUCUGCAGCGCUGAUGGCUGUACCACUAACAAGACAUCCCAAACUGAUUGGCUCAGCGAUGUUUACCGGGAUGGUGAUAUUCUCUGGAACAUGCUACUACCAGGCAAUCACAAAGGACAGUCGAAUAAGGUUCUUCACCCCGUACGGGGGGAUGCUGCUUAUUGUCUCCUGGCUACUCAUGAUCUUGUGAUGUGAACAUGUUAAAUAUAGCACAAAUUCGAGGGGUGAACACGAAAAGGUUCUAAGUGACAUUAAAUAAAGAAGCAGAUAGAACUUUUUCGCUUUCACCCCUCGACAUGAGGCCACAAAAACAACAGUUUGGUUGGCCUUAUAGGUUUAUUUGUUGUUUAUUUGGAGAAAAAAUAUAAUAUAGCAGUUUUAUAAGCUAAGCAAAAAACUGGCCGCUGUUUUUAUUUUUGUUAGUUGGGUAAGGCCAACCAAGCUAUUUUUUUAUUGUGGCCUUAUAAUGUGGUUGGUGGAAUGAGGUGACAGUGGAAGAACUGCAUUCUCAGUGAGUUAAAAAAAGUUUAGAAAAAAAAUCGAUGUCUAUGCCUUUCCAAUUACAAAUAUUGCCAGAAUAAAAAAAUGUGAAAUGGAGUUAAAGAAAUGACCAUGUUGCAGGAACACAUAUUUUGACUCUGACUGUAGACAUUUUAUUGUGUUAGAGAUUCUCUUGUAUUUAUGUUGUUUUUGAUGUGUGUUUUUCUAACCAUAAAGUUUGUUAAACUUUUUUGGAUAAUAUGAGUUUUUAGGGAUAUUGACAUACUUUUGAUGUAAAUUGUUGUAAAUUCUUUAACAGAAAUCACUGCAUGUUUAAUCAUUUAAAGUAUAAAUGAUCCUUAUCACCAUAGUAUUGAUGUUAUAUGUUUAAUACAAAUAUAUAUCCUAGAAACAUCUAAAAUCAUUUCCUAACAAGUCAUUUUCUUAAGUUAGGUAUCUCACUGAAGUCAUAUGAAAUGAUAACUUAAUAUCUGAAAUACUUAUAAAUGAUCCUUAUCACUAUACUUAAGAUGUUAUAUGUUUAAUACAAAUAUAUAUCCUGGAAACAUCUUAAAGUCAUUUCCUUAAAGUAUCUCACUAGUCAUAUAAUAUGAGAACUUAAUACUGUAACUGAAAAUACUUCAUUUCCAUUGCUUGUAUUGAACAUACUCGCUUUGAAGUUAAAAACACUCAGAAUUUUCUUUAUAUUUGAUUUUUAAAAUUUUAAGAAAUUGACAUAAUUAUAAUGUCUUGAGAUGUUCUAUGAAUAUUGGUCCAGGGCUUCUAAAAAUCCGGAUGAAUUCUUAAAUCAGAAUUGAGCUUUCAACUUCAGACACUUAUACAGUUGUAUAUAUUUUGCUCACACAUUUUGCGUCAAAAACAGUAGGAAUUACCUUGAAAUGAAUAUAAAUGACUUUUGAAACUGUUUUCAAAAUGAGUCUUAGCCCUUUAACCCAGCUUUGAGAAUGAAUCCCUUAUUAGGCUUAUACUUAAAAAAACAUCUGACUCUUUUUCAUGAUUGACAAUUAUCAGCUGUUAGAACUCCUGGCCCCAAUUUCUCUAACCUUCUCAUGCAAAACAGGAUUAAGUGGCUUAUUUCAGUAAGCUAAAAUGCAUACAACAAAUGUACUUAAAUUGGAUUUUGAUACAUGAAAAAUUGAUUAUUGUAAUUAUCAUAAUACAAUUCCUAUGUAUAAAGUAAAAAAUUCUCAAAGAAGUAAAUAUUACGCAAACUAUUGAAAAACAAAAAAGUGAGAUAAACUUAAUCCUGUUAUAAGGAACUUGAGAAGUUUCGAGAAAUUGGGUCCUGAUUAUGGUAUUCUAAAAUCAUGUGGGAAAAAAAAUCAUUUUUUUCUGUUAAAUAAUCAUCAUCAUAAGUAGUGGUUGGUUAUGAAUGGUUUUUACUUUAUUUUUCUUUCUUACAGAAAAAAAGUUAAAGAAAGUUUGUUUUAAUAUCAUGUUACAGUAACUGUUAUUGUUAGUAUUAUAGUACAUUGUAGUAGUAUUUAAAUCUUGCGAUGGAAAUGAUCACAAUUUUUUUAAUUAAAUAAAAUCAAAAUUGAUUAGCUAAUAUUUAAGCAUGUCAGAUUUGUCAGGCGAUUCAAGUGUAAAAGAUUUACAUGUGUUGUUUUGCCACAUCUCCGGUUUUAAUAGUUAUUAUGACAUUCUCAUAAACCUGGUUUACAGACCUGUACCUGUCCUAUGUAAUAAAUAAUCUAAUAAUU